AUGGAGCCAUUUCUAAAAGAACCCGGAGAUUUUUAUCGAACUAUUUUCAUUGGUCAUAUGGACACGGUUACCAAAACGUUGAUGGGCACGGAAAUGAAUACGCAAUGUGAUGACCGUGCUGAAUUCUUCUAUCAACAUGUGAAAACGGUCACUAACGCCGUACAGCAUCGUAUUUUACGAUUUUGGUUCCAUUUGGAAUUGAUAUUUGGUUGGUCGAAGAUCGGCCGAGAGGAACAGCGAAGUUUAAAGGAAUGUAAUGAGAUUAUUGACCAGAUAUAUGAACGAAAAGUAAAUGAAUUGAAUGUAAUGAAAGCACAAGGAAUCGAUUAUUUGGACAAGAUUAAAAAUGAGAACACAGCAAAUGUAACAGAAAAGUGUUUGAUUUUAGAACGUGAAGGUGUUUUUACGCAUGAAAAUGCUUUGGAUCAAAUGAGAUUGAUGAUAAUAGCUGGUAUAGACACGUCAUCGAUCACAGUGUUUGGUACAUUGUUAUUGUUGGCUAUUAAUCAAAAACACCAAGAUGCGGUUGUUGAGGAAUUGCGCUCGAUUUUCGACUCAGCCGACUGUGUUGUGACCCACGCUCAACUGGCCAAUAUGCAGUAUUUGGAACGCGUUAUAAAAGAAUCGAUGCGAUUAAUUCCACCGAUUCCAAUCAUUGGCCGUAAACCAUCUACUGACAUUGAUGUGCCGAGGGGAACAAUACCAAAAAACGCUUUUGUCCUUAUCAAUAUCUUGCAUUUACAUCGAAAUCCAAAAAUUUGGGGUGAAAAUGCCAUUGAAUUCGAUCCGGAUAGAUUUCUGCCAGAAAACAUUGCAAAACGGCCACCGUUCUCUUACAUCCCCUUUUCCGGAGGAGCAAGGAAUUGUAUUGGAAUGAAAUAUGCAAUGAUCUCAGCUAAAAUCGUUUUAGCUAAUUUACUGCGACGAUACAAGUUUACGACCCAUUUGAAAUUUGAAGAUAUUCAUUUAAAAACACAUGUCGUACUGGAAGUAACCAACGAAAAUGCACUUCAAAUCGAAGAACGACACUUUUCAACUCAUUAA